AUUGCGGUGCUAAUCCAAAUGGGUCUGAUUGGCUUCUUUCCUCGGACCCCAGGAAUAAACGGCAAAGUGCGUCUCGCCCACUGCCUACCACAGCGCCACCUGAAGCGCCCAACGUCACCACCAUCUCAACGACUGCCUACUUUUUCAUCCGCAUCGAAGCCCACAAUCACAUCUUCAUCAAGACGGCAGUGAACAUGGCGUCCAAAAAGGUGUCGUUACUCAAGUUCGUAGGGACCGUCUCCCUUGGACUCUUGACGGGCGCUUCCUACACCCUCUCAACCCUCACCAUCCCCUCACUCCUGGAACUACCCUCGGCCUCGACAGCCGCUAAGGCCUACCGCUCCCUGACCGACACGGCGACAACCCACCUCAACGCUCUGACGGGCCUGUCGGGCACCGCCUUCUUCCUCGCCUUCGCCCUUUCGCCUCGGCCCUACCGCCAUCCCUACCUUCUCUAUACGUCACUCUUCGUGUUCGGAACCCGCCUGACGCACCAUGUCUCUCCCAAGAUCUUCGGUAUCUCCGCCUCCUCAUCCAGCUCAUUUAGUUCGUCGUCGCCCGCCGCACAGCGCAAAGCCGCUUCGGCUAAUGCGAGAAAGCAGAAGCAAGCUGCGCGCCGCAUGGAGGCUUCCUACGAGGUGCUCGGCGACUCGCACAGUGACGAGGGCUCGGACGAAGUGGAUGAGGAUAUCAACGGCGAGGAGGUCCGCGGCGAGGUCGAAUUGUUUGUUAGAGACCAGAUUGUGAAGACUGUCGUGAUGGGUCUCGGCUUCAUGAUGGCGGUGGUUGGCAUCUGGGGAGACGGCGUGGCCGACCUCGUGGGUGACGCGGUUGUCAUUGAGCUAUAACUGGAACAAGAACAAGAAAGAAAAAAAGUAAGAGGCAAGUGUAUGGACUCUGGAGACUGGGGUGUCUAUUCUUCACUCGUUCUCCGGCUGGAAAGAAAACAAGAAGAAAACAAACAGCCAGUGGUUAUGGGUUGGUGGCGAUCGCAUUGUCGGACCUAUGCCACGACGAUCAUAGAAAAACAUCUCCACAGGGGUGUUUCAACUAUGUGUUGCAUAAUAAUUUCUGUCUUUCUCUUGAACGACCUCUCAACUUAAUACACAAGCUUAGUGCCAGAACAAGAACCAUAACAGUUGAAACUCCAUCCACCGCUAUGCUGGGGGCCGAUGCCUGUGUAUGAAUGAAUAACCGUUGGUUGUUUUUGCACGUAUACAAUAUACGGAAUUGACUGCUCUCUCGCUCCAACAUACGGGAGCUUUGCGAUGAACAAGGUGGGACUAUAUGCCUCUUGGUCCUGGAUUGCGCCAA